UACUAAAUGGAUUGAGGCACUUCCCGUCAAGUCGGCGACCACAGAAGUCACAAUUGCGCGGCUUCGAGAAUUGUUUGCGCGUUUUGGCUUGCCGCAAACAGUUGUAUCAGAUAACGGGCCUCAGUUUGCAAGUCAGCAGUUUUCCCAGUUCAUGACUGUCAACAACAUAACUCAUCUACGUAGUGCGCCGUACCACCCACAAUCUAAUGGUCUCGCAGAGCGUGCGGUCCGCACAAUAAAGGAUGGCCUUCUUAAGCACUCGAUGGUGAACGAUCUCGAAACAAAACUAGCGCGAGUGCUCCUAGGCUAUCGACGUACCCCACUGCCGUGCGGCAAGUCUCCUUCAGAGAUGCUGCUGAACUACCAAAUUCGUUCGCGCUUGGAUACUUGCUUCCCUUCUCUACCUCAAAGUUACUCGCAGCCUCCCAGAUUCCAGUCCGGCGACCAGGUGUGGGUGCGCAACUUUGGCCAAGGGGAGCGUUGGCGUCCAGGCAUCGUCAAGAGCAUAGAGGGUUCACGCCUUGUAACGGUCGACACUCCAGAUGGCCUAGCCAGACGUCACUUCGACCAAAUUUUCCGUCGCGUGCCUGUGUCACCCGUGGCCCCAGAAGCGGAGGCGUCCGAGUCGCUUCAACCCAGCCCGGACAACAAGAGUCGGCCAACGUCAACGCCAGAAGCCCGGUGCAGCCUGGCCACUCCAGAAGCGAGUGGCGCUGCGCCUGUUCCUUCGACACCUCCAACAUCCGUCCCAGCCGAACAGGCUCUCUCUCCCCCAAGUCCGCCGGUCUUACGGAGGUCUACCCGACAACGAAGACCCGUGCAAAGACUGCAGUUUUAAAAGAAAGGGAGAAGUGAUAUGAAGUGCUGUGCCACACGUGUCAAACAUGAUUCGUUGUUUUUAUGUUACGUCAUAGGCAAGCAGCCUAUAUAUCUAGUUCGCUGUCGCUGAAAUAAAACAGUGCGGUACGUGCU